UGAAGGACACUGAUGGAGGAGGGAGGAGCUGCCUGGGAGCUCUGGAUCAUCCAGCAGUGCAUGCACGAGACCAGGAAAGACUCGGGAUAAUAAUACAGUGUUUACAAAUCCUCAUCUUUGAAUCCAUCCCUUCGGUUUGCGCUCUUUUUGUCUUUCUCCAACUCUUAAAAGCGUCCGUCUGAAGGUUCUGGUGUGCUGAAGAAUGCAGAGAGGAGGUGGUUUCUUACGGCGCAGUAAAACCAAAACAUAAUCCAUCAUAAUCACUGAAGAGGAUUUGGAUUUGCAAAGAGAGACAGAAGAAAGUGACAAUGGGACGAAAGAAGAUCCAGAUUACACGCAUUAUGGAUGAGAGAAACAGACAGGUGACGUUCACAAAGAGGAAGUUUGGUCUGAUGAAGAAGGCGUAUGAGCUCAGUGUACUGUGUGACUGUGAAAUAGCCCUGAUUAUCUUCAACCGCUCCAAUAAGCUCUUCCAGUACGCCAGCACAGACAUGGACAAGGUCUUGCUCAAGUACACCGAAUACAACGAACCUCAUGAGAGCAGGACCAACUCGGACAUUGUCGAAGUGCUGAACAAAAAGGAGCAAAGAGGUUGUGACAGCCCAGAUCCAGAAGCUUCAUAUGUCCUCACGCCUCACACGGAGGAGAAAUAUCAGAAGAUUAAUGAAGAGUUUGAUAACAUGAUGAGAAAUCACAAACUUCCGUCUGCUCUGGGUCAGCAGAGUUACUCGAUACCGCUGUCUUUGCCCGUCACCAACCCAACCACGCUGUCCUACAGCACAGACAGCUCUCUGGACACCCCAGUGUCCCUCAGCGGGACGAACAUGCUGUCUCUGUCCUCCAACAACAGCACUGCAGUCAUGGAUGGCAUGCGAGGUUCCUCAGAAAUCUCUCUUCCUAACGGUGCACACUCCAGCCAUGUGGCUAAUGGCUUUGUUGGCGGUUCAGAAGGAAACAGUAUGGGAAGAGUCGUUUCUGCAAAAUCUCAAGCAUCGUCUACAUCGGGGCGCAAACCUGAUCUCCGAGUGCUCAUUCCUCCAGUGUGCAAGGGCACUGCUUCUGCACCGCCGCCAGAGGAAGCAGAGGAGCAUUUGAGAACUGACAACUCUCAGUCCAGCCAAUCACUGAGCACACCCGUGGUCUCCGUGGCAACCCCCAGUCUACAUCCCCAGGGCCUUGUGUACUCAGCCAUGACAUCAUCUUUCACUUCAGAUUUUGCCUUGAGCAGUACAGAGCCUAGUUCUUUACAUAGCUUCAGUUCACCAGAGGCUGUCAUAUCAGGAACAGGUUCUUCAUGGAAACACAGUAAUCAUGGUCAGCCAGGAUUCAGUGCCCAGAGCAUCAAAUCAGAGCCCAUCUCCCCUCCCAGAGAGCGUGCUGGUCAUUCGCUGUACCCCACCAAACCUCGGCCCGGCUCCGGACAAGAAGUGGGCCGCUCUCCUGCCGAGAGCUUCGGUUCUUCUGGUAGUUCAUAUGAAGGUAGCGACCGUGAGGAACAGCAGCUGGACUCUCACCCAGGCACCGCUACAUCAGGACAAAGAUCAUCAACAGAGACAGAUAGCCAGGAAGAUCCCUCAGUCAAACGCAUGCGCACGGACAGCUGGGUAACUUAGAACGUCGUUUUAAAGUCACAUUACAGAUAUGCAGUGUGCUGUGUGCAACAAACACUAAGUACUGCUUUAGAAAUGUGAAGAGGCGUCCCUGAAAGGGAAAUACAAAGACAAUUAUUGUAAAAUGAGUGCAUUCAAUUGUUUGUAUUGUUAUAGGAUUAUAUAUAUAUUAGUAUAAGUUAUGACGUGUAUGACACUGUUUUGUCAAUAGAGGGUUAGCUUUGCUGCAUUAUUUGCAGUAUAUUAUUUUUUGCAAGCCAAAUUUUAUCUUUUGUAUUUUUUAUGAGUCCUCAAUCAAAGCCAUAUAAAUAUCCAUAGGGAUUUCCUAUUUGCUGUCGUUUGGUGUAUGUAGACUUUAAUGCCCUAGUGAUCAAAUGGAGUGCGUACUCGUAUGUUAAAGUUUUAGGUGAACCUCAGGUAUCUGCAUUUCAAUCAUCAACUGGCAGCCAAAUGACACUUUCAGUUCUUUAACACAAGGUUUGUGAAGAACAGAUGAUAAAAUGGCCCAAAAAUGGUUGAUUAAUUAGACAUAUUAAUGUAACUACCUAGGUGAUAAAAUGAGCUAAUCAUAAACUUGACUCUUGUUCUUAAAGCCACAAUCCCUCUAUAAGAGAACACACUAUAAACAUCUCAUUCACAAAUCAUUUUGUGAAUUAGAUAUUUAGUAUAAUUUAUACAAUGUAAAUACUGUUACUUUAAAAUACCUGAUAACACGAGCAAUUAAAAAAAAUAGAAAAAGUAUUUAAAUGUCUUUUAUAGUGUUUUUAUCCUUUAUUCUGAUUCUGUUGAAUGUGAACAGUCGAGCUUUAAAGCCAUUUGUUUUGUCUCCAAAGAGGCACGUAGGAAUUUUGCUGCUAAUACCAGGUUUUAGAUCUUCCUUCAUGCCAUAUAAAAACAUUUUUAAUUGAUGCCAAUGCAAUCUAUGGAACUCUGUUAGUUGUCUCAGUUUGUUCUCAGAUCAAGCUGAGCCCUUUAUUGUUUGUACACCAUGAUAAAUGGCAAUAAACAUAUUACUCACUUCUUUU